AGCACGGCCAUGAUGCAGACUUCAUAAGAGACCGGGAACCUCGAGGAUUGCGUUCAGUUAAUACUGUGUCUGCAAACAGCCAAUUCUCAAGAAAAUUGCAUAAGAUGAUCCUAUUCGUGUGUCUAACAGAAUAAAGUUCAUUUAUAAUUAGUGGUGCCUUAUAAAGAGCUCCGUGUGGACUUAAUACACGAUUAGAUGAGAUUUCAAUGAAUAUUCGUCAAAUUGAUUAUCCAAUAACGUGUUUGUAAGUUCGAUUCAUUUUCGAAAAAAAAGAUAGAAAGGAAAAGAAAAAACCAUUGUUAUAUUUUUUGUAGUAUACAUUAAAUCACUUAAAAAUAUCAAAGAAGAUAUACGAGAAAAAUUACAAGAGAGUCUGAAUUAUUUGAUCUCCAGUUUAGAAUAGAAGAGAACGCAGCGUCGAAAGCAAAAAAAAAAACAAAAAAUGGUGGAAGCUACGACGUUCAUUUCCUGAUAUUUAACUCGUAUUGGACUUGAUGCUAAUGUGAUUUCGAAAGAUACUCGGAAGGCUUCCCAUCCUGCCUAAAAGAUAUAAUAGAAAAAAAGAGAUAUAACGCCAGAAAAAAAAAAACGGAAGAAGGUGAAGAACAUCGAUCAUGCCUGCCUGUUCGGGCGAGAAUUCUUCUAAAUAUUGGUCAACGAACUCACCAAUUUCUAGGAGCAAUAGCGCUUCACCGCUACUGCCCGGCACACCAUUGUCGACAUCGCCACCACUAUCUCCGCCGAUCUCGACUUUAAAGCGUUCAACAUCGAACGUAUCAAAUUCUUCAAACACAUCGAAUUUGUCUCAAACAUCUAGCAGUUCGAGCACGGUGAUCCUUUCUUCGAGACAUAAUCACUACCAUCACUAUCAUCAUCAUCAUCAACAGCAGCAGCAGCAGCAGCAGCAGCAGCAGCAACAACAAACGUUACAUCAAAUUAAAAACAAGAAUCAUAGUUGCAAAUCUUUUUUCUUCACAAGAAUUUUCUAUUGGUAUUUCGGUUUGAUAUCGAAUUUCUUGAAAGCCAUAUACAACGUUAUCAUUUAUACUAUUUGGACGCCAACUAUUUGGUUAUCCGCUGUGAUUAAUUUGUUCUGGACGAUCAUCCAACUACCACUUACAAGCUUGAAAUGGUUCAUAACUAUCCUAUACACUCAAUCCUCGGAAAGAGCAAGAAACAAAAGAUGCGUUUUGAUCAGUGGUGGUAGCACAGUUCAAGCCGUUCAUCUAGCACGUAACUUUUACAAAGCCGGUGCUAGAGUGGUCAUUUGUGAAUUAGAUGGGCUAUUUGGAUUGGCUAAAUUUUCUACGGCUUGUUCGAAAUUCUACACUGUGCCACGACCAGGUCCAGGUAGUGCCGCUGAGUAUGUAAAGGCUUUAAAGGAUAUCGUAAAGAAAGAGAAGGCUGCAUAUUAUAUACCAGUGAGCGUCACCAGUACCGCUUAUUACGACGCCUUAGCGAAACCGUACUUGGAGAAUAUGGGAUGUGAAUGUUUCGUGCCGAGCGCGAGUGAAGUGACGGCUCUGGACGAUCCGUUGGAACUAUUACGACGAUGUCGUUCCUUAGGUUUGCAAACGCCAGAUCAUUUCGUCUUACGAUCGGUACAGGAUGUAUCACGGCUUUACGAGGACAAUACCUUCAGAACGGGAAGGUACGUGAUGCUGGCGGCUGGCCCAGCCGGCAUGAGGGACAGAGCAAAAAUCGCAUUACCAUCGACAUCGUGGGAAUUCAUGAACCAGCAACAUGAGAUCAGCGAAACGAAACCAUGGGUUGUGAUACGUGAUCCAGGCGGUGAUCAUUUUAUCACGUGUACAACCGUUAAGGAGUCACGAAUCGUAGCAAACGUAACAUGCCGAGUUGAUGAGUCUCAAGGGCUCAUAUUGGAAAAUCGUACGGAUGUAACGCAGUGGUUGGAUCGAUUCUUUGCACGUUCCUUUGCUACGAAGAUCAAUGGACACUUGAGCUUUAGGUUAGCCAUAAGCGAAAAUCAAGGACCAUUGGUAUGCAUCGGCUGUCGUAUAGGAGUUAGCCUUCCUUACGUAUGUCAUACCGGAAUACAUCCUCGUUUAGUAUGGCGACCCUGCAGACAUUUUUCCAGAGAAAAUUCGGCCGUACUUAUCAGCAACGAUAGACAACAACAUGAGCAAACAACAGAUGGAACAACUAACGAACGAAGUACGAACAAACGUUUGCUUGGUGAGACAACUCCUCGUCUCAUGGGCACGAUUAUCGAUAAAAGGGAAGCACUAUUUGUAUACUGGGACCCAUUACCUUAUUGUGCCUACUAUCAUCUGCAAUUACCGUUCAGAAGAGUUGCUGGCGCUAUCAGGGCGCAACCUGCCAGACACAAUCCACCUCUUGCGGUGGUGCAAUGAGGUCAUCCUCAUCGCGAUACCCUAUCCCAAAAUUUCGAUCAGGAUCUAUUGACCUUUGUUAAUUUAAAACUCUACCCGUAUCGUUCUCCUUUUCUUUGUCUCUCUCUCUCUUUCUUUUUAUCCCUCUUUCCUCUCUGUAUCUGUUGCUCCAAUGUCAAAAGGAAUCAAAAAACGUAAACUGAAAACAGAUUUACAAGGGUCAAGUUCGCAUCUCUAAUCAUUAUAAAAAUAUACAUUCUCCUUUUUUCUUUUUCUCAUUUGCUUACGAGCAUUCUUUCAAAUUUGUCUUGGUGUACGUGUCACAGUGCAGAUGGGUGAAAAUGAUGCACGUACGGUUCACGCGUUAUCACCGUUAAUGCAACAUACACAUAUAUAAGGCUUCCGUUACGAUUGAUACGUUCCUAUCUUCGUAGACUGACACGAUAACAAUCCCAAAGUGUGUAUAUAUAUAUAUAUAUAUAUAUAUAUAUAUAUAUAUAUAUAUAUAUAUAUAUAUGAAUAUAGUAGACAUUUCAAAAUAUAGCAUUUUCUCCCAUGUGUUUCCAAUGUAAAACAUUAAAAUAUCAUGGUUAUUAUCUUUUUUGUUCGUCAUUUUAUUCUUGUAAAUAGUAGGAUUUAACGGAUCUAGCAUAGAAAUAGAAAAUAGAAGAAAAAAUGUUAGGCGCGUAUCUCUUUCUUGUUCUUUUUUCUUUCUUUCUUUCUUUCUUCCUUUUUUUCUAUUUUUUCUUUUUUUUUUUUUUUUCUUUCUCUUUUAUCGAUCCCUAUUAACAAUCAUCAUAUUUUCUUUAAAAGAGUAUAUACGUUUCGUUAUUGCGAAGGCUAUCGAUUUUAAAGUGGCAUCGUAUAUUUCCUCUUCUUCUUCUUCUUCUUUUUUUUUUUUCUGUUCAUUAAAAAAUCAUAGAGAUCAACAUAAAGCUGACUAAUCUCUAUUUAUAAACUGAAUGAUCAUCUUAUUAAUAGUAUUUUAUAUUUAAGCAAUAGUGAAUGAUAAGAAACUUAUGUAAAAACGGUGUUUCUGAUACCGCUACUGCUACUGCUACUGUUACUGCUGCUGCUGCUGCUGAUGAUGAUUAUUAUUAUUAUUAUGAUGAUGAUGAUGAUGAUGAUGAUAAUGAUAAUGAUGUCGUCGUUGUUCUAUAACCUGCCAAAUAAAAUCGAUAAGUAAUAUACGAA